GCGGACCUGUGGGACUCGCUACCCUUCUACUACUACUACUACUCGAUCAAGCUUUCCUUUCUUUCUUUCUCUGCGUGCAAGCUACCUAGCCAGAACCCCGAAACCGCCUCUCAUAUCCAUUAUCAUCUUUCGUACGGCAGAACCCAUCAUUUUUAUUUUUACCUAAUUUAAGCUUCUCUCUCUCUCUAAGCCUCUCUGUCAGUCUGUUGUGGGUUUGCUUUGCUUUAUAUAUAUCCUCGCUUUGCAUGUGACUACUGCCAUCCUUUUUCUUAAAAACCCAGAAGUCUCUUUACUCUCCCAUCUUCCAGUUCCUGUUUAGUACACAAACUAAGCCAUUCUCUCUUUCAAUUUUGGGGGAGUGUUUCAUCAGUGCAUGAGCUUAUGGAUCCUUCAAGCGGACAACAAAACCAGGAUAUGCAAGCUCAUAAUUCCCUAGACAUGUUGGUCAGCUCAAAAUCCCAGCAGCAAACAGACCAGAGAAAACCAAGGCCACAACCAGAACAAGCCCUCAAGUGUCCAAGAUGUGACUCCACCAACACCAAGUUCUGCUACUACAACAACUACAGCCUCACCCAGCCCAGGUACUUCUGCAAGUCCUGCAGGAGGUACUGGACCAAAGGCGGCACACUGCGGAACGUUCCGGUGGGCGGUGGCUGCCGCAAGAACAAGAGAUCCUCAUCGAAGCGAUCGUCGCAAGACCCUCAACAACCACUCACUCCCAACUCCAACCCGCUCCUCCCAUCGCUCUCCUACGACUCCAAUGACCUCAGUCUUGCCUUUGCUAGGCUCCAGAGGUCAUGUGGGCAGUUGGGUUAUGAUGAUCACCUAUCCAUGUUAGGAAACCCAACCACCAAUUCCCACAGCGACAUUUUGUCGAACGGUUCGUCUGCAUCAGCAUCGCCAGGGUUUCUGGAUGCUCUCCGGACUGGGUUUCUCGAAACCCACAACAGCAACAGCUUCCAGAACAACUUGUAUUAUGGGUUUGGAUCAAGUGGGGGGAACGCCAUGGUGGGUGAGGCGGAAAUGGACAAUGGGGUUUGCGGAGAAAUGGGGCUGCACCCUUAUGAGGAAUUGAGCAAUGUAGCAACCACAACAGCUGUGACGGUCACAACAAUGAAGCAAGAGCUGAGCAGAGAUAUUGAGACCAACAACAACAGAGUCUUGUGGGGGUUUCCAUGGCAGAUGAACAAUGGAGAUCAUCACAACUUGAACAUGGGUGGUGGUGGUGGUGGUGGUGGUGCUCAUCAUGAUCAGUAUGAUAACUCGGGAAGAGAGAGCUGGAAUGGACUUGCAAAUCCAUCUUGGCAUGGACUUCUUCCCCUAGUUUAAAAUCAAGUGGUACUCACCCAGAAAUUACCAAAACUAAAAAGCAUAGGGUACUUUAAAUUUAAUUUGUUUACUUAGUUAUCAUCAGAGACUCAAAAUGUCAGUUUCAGUCCUCUAUUAAGUUUUGUAUUAAGAUAUGUCAUGAUAUGAUCUCUUCUUCUUUUUUUCUGAAAUCCCAGAUUUUGUUUGCUAACCAAGACAAAAAACUUGCAGAGGUUGCCAUGGAA